AUCUCCAGGACGCGCUUGCAUGCCCUGAGCUCCUACAGACCCGCUCAACCCAUCUACAGGUUGAGCCACACACACACAUGCAUCAGGUUUACACUAACAGCCUGCUGCUGCGCGGCCAUCUGGUAGCUUCUGCAAAUCCCAAUUCCAAAUCACCCGUAGCAAUCGAACGCCACCCCGAAAAAUAACACAGCAUGAACUGCUUGAGGAACUCGCGCUCCGUCCUCUCGCGACUCCUCCGCCACAGGCCCCACGUAGCCGCGCCGCCGGCUCCGCCGCCGGCGCCGCAGUCUCCAGCAUCCCGGUACUACUCUUUCUACGCCUCUCGCGUUCUCCGCAGCAAGCCCGCCGUCUCCCCACCACCGCCGCCGCCGCCGCAGUUGCCCGGCCCUAGGCACUACUACACCUCCGGGCGGCAGGAGCUCAUCCACUUCACCCGCCGCCGCGGCGGGUCCCGGUGGUACCACGACCAGCGGAAGCUCACCGCGGCGGUCUUCAUCACCGGGGGCGGGGCGGUCGCCUUCUACUUCGGCCACCUCGAGGCCGUGCCCUACACCAACCGCUCCCACUUCAUCAUCUUCUCGCCCAAGCUCGAUCGCCAGCUCGGCGAGUCCCUGUUCCCCGAAUUCAAGAAGGAGUUCGGGCCCAAGAUCCUGCCCCCGCUCCACCCCGACAGCAUCCGCGUCCGCCUCAUCGCCUCGGAGAUCGUCCGCGCCGUGCACCGUGGCCUCGCCGGCCACCAGCGCUACGACGCCUCGUAUGGGUAUGGCGAUAUCUCCGACGACCACACCAUCAAGAAUCGCGAUGCCGACGCUACUGCCGCGAUGCUUGGUGGGUCCCCUCGCAAGAACGCGACGGCGGCUGCUGCGGCCCAGCGAGACGACGAGGUUCUGGAUGACAGGUGGGUCACUGAGAGCCGGAACCGUGGUAAGGGGAAGGGGGCGCAGCCGCAGACGAGUCACCUUGACGGGGUCAAUUGGGAGGUGAUCGUUGUCAGAGACGACGACGUCAAUGCAAUGUGCCUGCCCGGUGGCAAGAUUGUAGUCUUCACUGGGCUGCUUGACCAAUUCAGGGCGGAUGCUGAGGUUGCCACUGUGCUUGGGCAUGAGGUUGGGCACGUCAUUGCAAGGCACACCGCAGAGCGGAUCACAAAGAACAUGUGGUGGGCAAUCCUGCGGAUUGUCGUCCUGCAGGUUAUCUACAUGCCCGACCUGAUAAAUGCAAUGUCAAAAUUACUCCUUAGACUGCCCUUCUCACGGAGGAUGGAGUUAGAGGCUGACCACAUUGGACUCCUGCUACUUGGUGCUGCUGGUUAUGAUCCACGAGUAGCCCCGUCAGUCUAUGAGAAACUAGGAAAGACAGGAGGAGAUUCAGCACUGAAAAAUUAUCUCUCAACUCAUCCUUCGAGUAAGAAGAGAGCGGAGCUUCUCUCGCGAGCUAAUGUCAUGAACGAGGCACUGGAAUUAUACAGGGAAGUUAGUGUCGGCCAAAGCACUGGAGGUUCCCUCUAGAUUCUGGGAUUUACUCCUGCUUGUUUCAAAUGCUUGAGAAGGUUGGUCAUCCUAGCACCACUAGUGGACAGUGGUGGCCUGUGCCUGGAAGAUGAAAGUAUCUUUUCUGUCCCUUGCUACUUCAGAUGUUGUCUGGCUGAAUGGGCCUCCGUUUCAGCCCAAACUGGAGCUUAGCUGCUUUAAUUGUGACCAGGAAAAAGGAAACCAAGUUGUCCAUAGUGUCAAUAAUUGUUUGUUGACAGCAGCUCCUGGUCCCAAUGUCGUUUGCUCCAUUCGUGCUGAUGGCUCAACCUUUCUUUUGGAAAAGCAUGGCUCAACUUUGAAUGAUUGAUCUUUAGCACGAAAUCACCACACAUGCAUGGUUUUCUUGGAAA